AUGUCUGUGGAAAAUGCGGAAGGAGACGUAUCCGAUUCGGAGACAAAGGUCACCUAUCCGCUAAAGGUUGUUUACUGUGAAGGUGAGUUUAGAAUUUUUUAUCUGUGAAA